AUGGAGUAUUCUAUUAUCGAUACUCUUCUCGGUUACCAGCAGUUCUCGAUAACUAAUUAUGUGGUUACAAGUCUCUUUGCUUUUGCUCUCUAUUAUUUGUUAGUAUGGGGACCAAGUACAAAAUCUUCUCUUAAGAUGAAAAAUCAGGCACCAGAACCAGCUGGUUCUUUGCCCUUUAUUGGUCAUCACCAUCUAAUGAACCGAUCCAGCCCACAACACGUUGCUCUGGGAGCCAUGGCUGACAAGUAUGGACCAGUUUUCACUGUUCUUAUAGGUGUACGGCGUACACUAGUAGUGAGCAGUUGGGAGGCAGCAAAAGAAUGUUUUACUACAAAUGACAAGGUCUUUGUCUCUCGACCACGUCAAGCAGCAGGGAAAUAUAUCGGUUACGAUAAUGCUAUGUUAAGUUUCGCCUCUGAUGGAAAAUAUUGGAAUGGAAUUCGCAAAAUAAUGAAAACUGAACUUCUUUCCAAUAAUAGGCUCGCGUUAGUAAGAAACGGAUGGGAAUCUGAGACUGCUACAGCCAUUAAAAAACUGUACCAUGCAAACUGGGGUGUCAGCAGAAUCCAGGGAGCUCAACGAGCUCCAGUUUUGGUCGAGAUGAAGCAAUGGAUAGGUGAUCUAACCCUUAAUUUGUCUUCUAUGAUGAUUGCAGGGAAGAGAUGCUUUGGUGAUGCUACUGACCAAGAAGCAGAGAAGUGCCAAAAAGGAUUAAGAGACUUUGUUAAAGUACUGGGUCUGAUUACGCUGGGGGACAUGAUACCGUUUCUUGCAUGGUUGGAUUUGGAUGGUCGCGAACGAGAAAUAAAGAGUGCUGGAAAAGAUCUGGAUCUUAUAUUAAAUACCAUCAACAAAGCUACAUAUCUGGGUCUACUACAGGGUGGUAGCGUCUGGACAAUGUUUACUGUACUGUGGGCCGUUGCUUUACUAGUAAAUCAUCCACAUGUGCUGAAGAAGGCUCAUGAUGAGUUGGACAGCCAUGUUGGCAAAGAAAGACAAGUGGACGAAUCCGAUAUCAAGAACCUCAACUACAUCCAAGCUAUAGUUAAGGAAGCGAUGCGUCUAUAUCCAGUGUCUAUGCGUCUACUUGAAUCCGAAGAGGAUUGCACUGUCGCCGGAUACUACGUUCCAGCAGGAACCCGAUUGAUCGUGAAUACUUGGAAGAUUCAACGUGACCCACGAGUCUGGUCAGAUCCAUCGGGAUUCCGCCCUGAGAGGUUUCUUACUAGUCCCCAUAAAGACAUUGAUGUUAAGGGUCGACAUUUUAAGCUCACACCUUUUGGAUCUGGUAGAAGAUCUUGCCCUAGAACUUCCAUGGGUAUUCAAAUGGUGAACAUGAUAAUUGCUCGUUUGGCGCAUGGAUUUGAUUUUAAAACGCCUUCAAAUGCACCUGUUGAUAUGACUGAAGCGGUCGGGUUUGCCAAUAUGGUUAAAGCAACACCACUUGAAGUUGUGCUCACCCCACGCCUCCCUAAGGAACUUUAUGCUUAA